UCUUAAGGAUAUUCCCGCCAAAAAUAUUCUAAUUCAUUUUGUUAUACUGCUGUAAAAGUGAAUGUUGAUUAAUUGCUAGGGUCGAAAUAAAAAUUUUAAUAUAAAUAAAAUUAUUUUAGUUACAAUAUUCACUGUAAACACUUUUAUAUUUGGUAAAACUAAUAUAAAAGUAAGAUAAGGUAAAGUAGUUACAAAUUAGAUCUGAAAUGGCAGAAGACGAGCAACAUUUAAGAGAAAUUCAACGUGAAUAUUUAGAUUUCUUAGAUGAUGAGGAAGAUCAAGGAAUUUACAGCAGUCAUGUUAAAGAAAUGAUUGCUCAAAAUAGCAAACGCUUAAUUGUGAAUGUGAAUGAUAUAAAACGGAAGAAUCCAGCAAGGUCAGCGGCCUUGUUAGUUGCUGCAUUUGAAGAGCAGCUAGCUUUCGGAAGAGCUCUAAAGGAAUAUGUUUCAUCAAUACAACCUUCAUAUUCAAAACAGCAUGAUGAUUUUUUUAUUGGAUUUGAGGGUUGUUUUGGAAAUAGGCAUGUUACACCAAGAUCCCUUACAUCAAGAUUCUUGGGUAAUCUCGUGUGUGUUGAAGGAAUUGUUACAAAAGUUUCUUUGAUUCGUCCAAAAGUUGUUCGAAGCGUACACUAUUGUCCUGCAACUAAGAAAACUAUGGAACGUAAAUAUACUGAUUUAACAUCGUUUGAAGCGGUACCAAGUAGUGCUGUAUAUCCAACAAAGGAUGACGAAGGCAAUUUAUUGGAAACGGAGUUCGGACUCUGUACGUACAAAGAUCAUCAAACUAUAACAAUUCAAGAAAUGCCAGAAAAAGCUCCAGCUGGUCAAUUACCUCGAUCUGUUGAUAUUGUUUGCGAUGAUGAUUUAGUAGACAAAUGUAAGCCGGGUGAUCGUAUUCAAGUAGUUGGAAAUUACAGAUGUUUGCCUUCGAAACAAUCUGGUUACACUUCUGGUACAUUCAGAACAGUAUUGAUUGCUAAUAACAUAUCACAGUUGAAUAAAGACAGCAAUUUGAAAAUAACUAGAGAAGAUGUGAAUUUUUGUAAAAAACUUGCCAAGAAUAAUGAUAUUUUUGAGCUACUAUCGAAAAGUCUGGCCCCUUCUAUUUAUGGACAUGAAUAUGUGAAAAAAGCAAUUCUCUGUUUGCUUUUGGGUGGAGUUGAAAAAGUUUUGCCAAAUGGAACGCGUUUAAGAGGCGACAUAAAUGUUUUACUAAUUGGUGAUCCAAGUGUUGCAAAAUCACAAAUACUUCGAUAUGUUUUAAACACUGCUCCAAGGGCUAUUCCUACAACAGGACGUGGAUCAAGUGGAGUAGGUUUAACAGCGGCUGUAACAACGGACCAAGAAACUGGCGAACGUCGUUUGGAGGCUGGUGCGAUGGUUUUAGCGGAUCGAGGUGUUGUGUGUAUUGAUGAAUUUGAUAAAAUGAGCGACAUUGAUAGAACUGCAAUACAUGAAGUAAUGGAACAAGGUAGAGUUACCAUUUCGAAAGCUGGAAUUCACGCUUCUUUAAAUGCAAGGUGUUCAGUUUUAGCUGCGGCAAAUCCGGUUUAUGGAAGAUAUGAUCAAUAUAAAACACCAAUGGAGAACAUAGGACUUCAAGAUUCUUUAUUAUCGCGUUUUGAUUUACUAUUUGUAAUGCUUGAUAAUAUUGAUAAUGAUAUUGACCAAAUGAUUUCUGAUCAUGUUGUAAGAAUGCAUCGUUAUCGGGAUCCUAAUGAGGCAGAUGGCGCUGUUUUAUCGAUGGGUAACAGUUAUGCCGAUAGCUUGGCUUUUGGAACAAAUGAAAACCAUAAAGAAGCGUUAGUUUACGAAAAGUAUGAUCCACUUCUUCAUGGAAAAUCUCGUUCCAAGCAAGACAGAAUACUUUCGGUAGAAUUCAUGCGAAAAUAUAUUCACAUAGCUAAAUGUUUGAAACCGAAACUAUCAGAACAAGCUUCCGAAGUUAUUUCAAAUGAAUAUUCUCGCUUGCGAUCACAGGAUCAAAUGGAUUCCGAUAUAGCAAGAACACAACCAGUAACUGCACGUUGUUUAGAAACCUUAAUUCGUCUGGCAACCGCACAUGCUAGAGCGCGGUUAGCAAAAACCGUUACUGCAGAUGAUGCUCAAGCAGCAAUCGAAUUAGUACAAUUUGCUUAUUUCAAAAGGGUCUUGGAAAAAGAGCGAAAAAAACGUCGCAGGGAUGAUGCUUCUGAUGAAGAUGAUAUUGAUGCGGAAGAAAAUGGUACUACUGAAGAGAAUAGUGAAUCAACUGCUGAAGCAGCAACACCAGGAAAACGUGCACGCAAAAGGACACGAACCCAACCAGAGUCCGAUGAUGAAGAAAUAAUACAACCACCACCUGAUGAAGGCGAUUUGACUAGAAGAGAAACAAGAAAAUCUAUUGGUACAACGUCAUCAGCACAUUCUACAGAAGAAAUAACUCCAAGUGAACCAAUUGUAAUAAGUGAAGAUCGCUUAAAAUUAUUUAAAAAUAUUGUUGCAAAACUAUUCAGAGAAUCGAGAGUUGAUAGUUUACCAUUAGAAAAAAUUACAAAACAUAUAAACGAAAAUGUUGAAACUGCUUUUAGUAAAAGUGAAAUCGAAGCUGCUAUCAAUAAAAUGACAGACGACAAUCAAAUUAUGGUAGCUGAUAAUAUUGUUUUUCUCAUAUAAUCGUUAUUUUGCUAUAUGAAAUUAAUUAUUAGAAAGUACAACACAUUUUCACAGUUUUUAAAGGAUUGUUUAGAAUUUAAGAUUUAUAUAUUUGGAAUACAAAUUAUUUAAUUUUUACAAAAUAAGUUUACUUUUAGUUAUAAGAUAUUAUUAAAUUUCAUAUAAAAAAUAUAAGCAUACAUUUUUGUCUA